AUGCCGUUAGUCACAACUGCGCAACUUGUAAAAUUACAAUCCCAAACAGAAUUUAUACGUAACAUUUGCAUUCUGGCACACGUGGAUCACGGAAAAACUACACUUUCUGAUUCACUGUUGGCCUCCAAUGGGAUCAUUUCGUCUAAGCUUGCAGGAAAGGUAAGGUACCUUGACAGUCGAAAGGAUGAACAGGAGAGAGGAAUAACAAUGGAAGCAAGUGGGAUUUCCUUAUACUUUCAAAUUUUACGAAAGACUGAAAAUGAAGAAAUUGCUGAUGAAUAUCUAAUAAAUCUAAUUGAUGCUCCUGGUCACGUUGAUUUUGCAAGUGAGGUAUCGACAGCAUCCAGACUAUGUGAUGGCGCUUUGAUUCUUGUUGAUGUCGUCGAGGGUGUAUGCACGCAGACAUACACAGCGCUCCGCCAAGCUUGGGUAGAGAAUGUUCGACCAAUUUUGGUUCUUAAUAAGAUAGAUCGGCUGAUAACUGAACUCAAAUUAACACCUGUUGAAGCCCAAGUUCAUCUCAACAAGAUUCUUGAACAAGUGAAUGCAGUCAUGGGAACUUUUUUCGCUGGUGAUGUAAUAGAAGAAGAAACAAGAAGACACGAUAAUCAGAAGGAACGUCAAGAAAAAGAAUGUUCAGAUAUCGAAUCAAGUUCUAGCGAGAUGGAAUUUGAAGAACGGGAUGACUCUAAUAUUUAUUUUACGCCUGAAACUGGCAAUGUUGUUUUUGCGAGUGCUCUCGAUGGUUGGGCAUUUAGGCAAUUGUUUACAGUGGUAUCCGAUCUGGGUGAUAGAGUCGAACAAUUUGCUCAAAUAAUUUCAGCAAAGCUAGGUAUUAAAGAAAGUUUGCUACGCAAGUUUCUCUGGGGCGAUUACUAUCUUGAACCAAAAACGAAACGACUCCUGCAACAUAAGCAUCUUAAAGGACGUUCUCUGAAGCCAAUGUUUGCUCAAUUCGUUUUGGACAAUAUAUGGAAAGUCUAUGAUGCAAUCAUCGUGAACAAUAAUCGUGAAAAGAUUGAAAAGAUUGUCAAAACGCUCGAUUUGAAAGUACUAGCGCGGGAUAUGAGGUCCAAGGAUACGAGAACUUUGCUGACAUCAAUUUUUAAUCAAUGGCUACCUUUAUCAACAGCUAUUUUACAUAUCCUUUUAAUUGAUCAGCUUCCUUCACCAGUCACCGCGCAACCAAUACGAAUCCCACGGAUACUGCAUAUUCGUUCGAAUCUCCCCAAAGAAAUAAAUGAAAUUGAGCGUGGAUUGUGUAAUUGUGAUUCCAGUGAAUUGGCACCUGUUGUCGCGUAUGUUUCAAAAAUGUUUGCGGUACCUUUGGAUAUGUUGCCAGAAAAUAGACGAACGCAGUUGACUGCGGAAGAGCUGAGGGAGCGAGGAAGGCUUAGAAGAGAAGCACUACAAAAAAUUUCAACAGAACCAUCUACUACCAAUACGGAAUAUAAUGACGUUCCUGAUACGCCUGAAAAUUCAUUGAAUAGUUCUCUUGUAGAAACAGAAGAAUAUGAUACUGCUGAAUCACUACCAUCUUCUAAGGAAACCUUUAUUGGUUUUGCGCGUCUUUAUUCCGGUACUAUUCGUGUUGGACAGAAACUCUAUGUUCUAGGGCCCAAAUAUGAUCCUGCCUUUCCGGAUAAACAUUGCACCGAGGUUACUAUCGAAAACCUCUACCUGAUGAUGGGAAGGGAGUUAGAACCUCUUGAGGAAGUGCCAGCAGGUAAUGUCUUUGGAGUUGGUGGACUAGAAGGCCAUAUACUGAAGAAUGGUACUCUUAGCAGUACGAAAGAAUGUAAAAGUCUUGCAAGCGUUACAUCCGAGUCCUCUCCGAUUGUACGAGUCGCUCUUGAGCCGAAAGAUCCAUCUGAAAUCAGUAAACUUAUUGAGGGUUUACGCCUGCUUAAUCAAGCCGAUCCUUGUGUAGAAGUCCUUGUGCAAGAAACGGGCGAACACGUCAUUUUAACUGCGGGCGAGGUGCAUCUCGAAAGGUGUUUGUUGGAUUUAAGAGAACGGUUUGCUAAAAUCGAAAUCCAAGUAUCACCGCCGAUUGUGCCUUUUAGGGAAACAAUAGUUCCGAUGUCGGAUUCUCAACAAAAUAAAGAUGCAAAUACACAACGUGGUGCUGUUACGCUUUCUACACCAAAUAAAUAUUGCACCAUCAAAAUGCGUGCAAUGCCAUUAUCAUCUAAUGUUACUGCUUUCAUCGAUCAACAUGCUAUGACUAUAAAAUCUAUAAUUGAUGAACGUCAACAAAGAAAUAAAAUUGAUACACAAAUGACAAAAGAAUAUGAGGAUGUCCUUAAAGAAGUGGUCAAUAAAAAAGAACGGGUAUUGGAUGUUGACGAAUUUUUUAAUGAACUUGAGUCUGAGUUUGGUAAAGCCACUGAUAAUAUUUGGGCAUUCGGGCCAAAACGCGUUGGCCCAAACAUAUUGAUAAACCGAGUGCCUAAUUAUUCACGAAAACCGUAUCCUUUGUUGUGGAGAAAGAACGCUAAUGCCCAAAAGAUUCAUGAAACGUCUUCGCACGAUGGGACUUCAGGAGAGGUGGAUGAGCAAUCAUCGUUGGAAUUAACAAUUCGCGAUUUUGAAGAGGCCAUUCACACUGGGUUUCAGCUUGCCACGAAAGCAGGUCCUCUCUGUGCUGAACCAAUGAUGGGUGUGGCAUAUUUCUUAGAAGAUUUUCAAAUAUCCAUAAAUGCUGAAAAUGUUGACAUCUCUGAAAAUACUAAAAAACCUUUGGGAAUUUCAGUACGCUCGAGACUAAGUGGUCAAAUUAUUACAACGGUCAGAGAUGCUUGUUAUCAAAGCUUCUUAGAAUGGUCUCCAAGAAUAAUGCUUGCCAUGUACUCUUGUGAUAUUCAAGUGACUACCGAAGCUCUAGGUCGUGUUUACGGGGUCAUAUCUAGACGUCGCGGUCACAUUAUUUCUGAAGAAUUAAAAGAGGGAACUCCAUUUUUCCUAAUCUGUGCACACCUACCUGUAGUAGAGAGCUUUGGGUUCGCUGUUGAGAUCAGAAAACGUACUUCUGGUGCAGCUAGUCCCCAAUUAAUCUUUAGCGGAUUCGAGAUGUUGGAUGAAGACCCGUUUUGGGUUCCAACAACUGAAGAAGAGCUUGAAGAUAUGGGAGAAAAAGCUGAUAGGGAAAACCUUGCCAAGAAGUACAUAGAAAGCGUGAGGAAACGGAAGGGCAUGUCCAUCGACAAGAAGAUAGUUGAGCAUGCAGAAAAACAACGAACCCUUAAAAAGAAAUGA